GAACUCUCCCGCACCUCCACAACGCACCUUCACACCCUCAGUAAACAACUCACAACGACAACUCGGCAUGAUUCCUGCUGUCUACCAGAGCAACAUGAAGGUCCUACUUCGACGGGAACCUACCAUAACGGCUAUCAUCGACCAGUUCAGCCACGUCUGUCUUUACCAUCACAAUGGGCAGAAAUGGGAGAAACAUGGAUAUGAAGGGAGCAUGUUUCUAUUCGAGAAAUCCACAUAUCCUCCUUAUGGUUUCUACAUCCUCAACCGCAUGGGGACUGACGAUUAUGUCCGACCAAUCUACCCCGAAGAUGACAUGGAGAUCAUUGGGGAUUACCUGAUGUGUCGCUUCUACCCCGACUUCACAAAGACCCGGCUAGACAUGGGUCUCCCCUACCCGAUCCCUCCAGAGCAUCGCGCAACCUUCGACAUGGAGCUGCUCAGGCGUCUCCCUCCAGAAGAGCUCACGAAGAACCAGGACAAGGAGAAAAAGGGUCGUUCGACUACUCUUGGUCUAUGGAUGUUCGCAACGGAUGCACGGGAGCCUUUGAAGGAGGUUAUGAUGAGAUUGCACUCGCACGUUAAGCAAGGACUACCCUACCCCGAGGAAUACCGAUACGGUCCUGGCCGUCCUCCACCGCCUAAUCCACACUUACGAACCGAGAGCCGUGCGUCAAAUCAAGCCUCCGCAGGGAGCUAUGGCGACCGCGCACCUAGCGCUGUAGCGACGAACGGCACACCAGUCAAUCCUGCGGUCCAAUCUGGUGGUGCUGCGGCUCCUGCUGCUGCUGCGACUCCCGCCGCCUCAAGCUCAGAGCUCGACAAGCUUUUUGCUAAACUGAUCACCCCUUCCCCGUCUGUGAAUGUUCCGCCUGCUGCCGCAGCAGCCGAGCCACCGAAAAACAUUCACGACUUGUUCGCAGCCCUCAGCGGGAACAGCUCAGCGACCAAGAACGCUCCCGCUCUCCCACCGGCGUCUGUGCCCGCCGUCGAGCCGUCCCCACAGACUGGUAUCGCCCUGCUCGACUCGAUUUUUGCUUCCGUUUUGCCAUCCGGACCCUCCUCUACUGCCAUCGCCCAGCCCACGGGACCCUUGCCUCCUCGGCCUGAAGAGAUCGUCAUCGUCUCCCCGAAACCGACGUCCUCGGCUUUGCCGCAGAUCCUAAACCAAGACGUCAUCUCGUCACUGCUUGGUCUCGCACCUGAUUCCCGAGCAUCAUCCGCCGCACCGAGUUCCGUUGGAUCGCGUAGAUCUGCUCAGCAUAGAUACGAAGGCGACAACGAGUUCAGCGAGGGCGACCAGACAUCAGAUGGCGAGCCUCGCAGAUACAAUCCUCGCCCGGGCGCGAAGUCAGGCAAGGGCAUGCCAAUCUUCGCUGCCCCACAAGCACCUUCAUCCGAGUCAGAACCUGAAACAAGCACGGUCAACGGUUCGCGGCGUGUCCCGGGCGACGUCACGCCCCGUCCUCCAGCGGGUGGCGUGAAGUUGCCUCCUAUGUCCCCCCCGCAGUUCCAACAGCAGCGAACUGCGACCCCGAACGCCAACACAAAUGGCAAGGUGCCACUGACCGGUGCUGCAGCACAAUCUCCUGCACCCGGGUCCGCUUCCGCCCCGCGGCAACGCACUUUGGUGCCCUUCGAGGCCAAUUCAGACCUGUGGCCGUACCCCCGUGCGCCGCUUGACGACCGCUCGUUCGAGAACGAUGACGUCGUGGAGCUCGACUUCUCCGACACGCGCGCGCUGAGCGAUCCCGCGAUCUUCUCGUCGCGCCUCAAGGACAAAAAGGAGAAGAAGGACAAGAGGGAGCGGAAGGGCCGCAGGGAGCACGAGAGGGAGAAGGCAGAGAAGGCGGACAGGGAGAAGGCGGAGAUCGAGAAAGGAUGGGACAUCCCGACGCAGACGCAGGUUCAGCCUCCCUACCAGGCUGCUGCUACGGGGCCUGUUGCCGAGGCUGCGAAGGCGCACGCUGGAGGGCCAAAGGCUCCCGCACUCACCAAGAACGGGAAAUCCGCUGGUGUGAACGGUUCAGGAGCGGUGAACGGUGUUUUGGCAGCAAGCCAGGAUCAAGCGCCGGAUACCGUCGCUGCGAAAGACGCUAUCUUAAAUGCACUGUUGGGGAAGGGGCCUGCCCAGCCGGAUAUUGGGAGAAACGAGUUCAUUCGCGAGCUCCUCACCCUCAUUCAUACCGACUCACAGUUCGUUGAUAAGCUAUAUCAAGACUACCUCUCUCGUUCCGCCUGAUUCGCCCCUCACACUAUCUUCGAUCAUCACCGUCGUUUCUUGGUAGACCACUACUUGUUUCAUGCUUUUCUGUUGCAUGUCGGCACAUCGUUCGAAUAUCUGCCCGACUCGAGCUCACUCUCCCUUUGUGUUUCAUAUGCGCAUGCUCAGACCAUUGUCUCUGACCUCAUCCCUUAUCAUUUUGUUGUAUCGCUCCCACGCUCACUCGCUCUUCGUGAUGUUUUGCGUCUUCACCGCUAUCCUCUUACGGGGCUCAUC